CUGAAUUACCAGACCAGAGAGUGGCUGUGGAUCCCGGGAGCUCCUGUGAUUUGCGACAGGUUUUUCAGGUCCCCGCCUGUCAAACAUAGACACAGAUACUUAAGCAGUCACCCAGGGACCUGCGGGGUUCUUGUUUUACGCAAUUCUGUUCCCUGCCAGCUCCAGUGCCUGGCCCUAUAGACCUACCCCAGGAGGAGAUGGCCAUGGAAAAGCCAAUGAUUCCCACUGAAGAGCAACUGGAGAUCCUGGAGUACCACUUCUGCAAGGUGAAUAAGCAUCCUGACCCCACCACACUGUGCCUCAUUGCUGCUGAGACCGGGCUUUCCGAGGAGCAGACUCUGAAAUGGUUCAAGCAGCGCCUGGCGGAGUGGAGGAAGUCUGAAGGGCUGCCCUCAGAAAGUGGGUCUGUCAGGGACUAGAGGAUGCUGCUCCAAUCCCCUUGCCUCUUAUAAACCAUGGUGAAGCUCUUCAGAGUGGGUUUCCUUGGGGCUCUUCUGUUGCAAUAGGUUUUGCGAUACAAAAUAAUACUCUGCUAUUUAACAGAAAUUUUAUUUAACAUGUACAUAACCAGAAAAAAACCCAUAUAUAUGUACAUAUACAUGUGUGUGUAUACAACUUUUGAUGGCUGAUAAACUCUCUAGUGAUUCCAACCCAUUAAGAGCAGCUGCACCAGAAAAGGCAAUUUCAUGCCCUUAUCCCAGGCUUGCAGAAAAUUUGCCAUGAUUUAUGUUCAAAUAUAGAAUGAAGAAAUAAAGAUUCCUUUUCCUUACAA